GCCAGGGGCUCGCAGAUUUGCCCCCCAAAAGCAGGCGGGGGGACUGGAAAGGACCUGUUCUGGCUGCAGGGGGAAGAUGAUGUGGGGCGAGGGGUGCAGUGCAAGGUGGGUAGCAAAGCACAAGGCAAGUCUCGGUUUCCAUCCUCACGCCUUAUCCCGUGGCUUCCCAGAGCUGCUCGGGGGCUCAGCCGUUUGUUUGCUGGCAGUGCCGGCUCCACUUGUUCGCGCUGGGCACGGGGCGCGCAAACUCAGCUUCACACUCAAGACAAACCCUCGAGCCGUAACAACGCCCCUCUGGUCUAAACAUGAAGCGUUUGGCGCAUCAGUGGCCUCUGGAGCCCCUCUCGCAUGUCACCGGAGUAGCAAAGCCCAGGGAUCCCCUCCGACUCCGCGCGUGUGAAUAUUGGAAUUAGAGUGGAUCAGUCCUACGCAUUUUGUUGUUUUAUCAAUUCCGUCCUUCUAGCAGCACCGUGCCCGUUGGGUGAGAAACACCUGAUCCUAUCCAAGAACCCCUCGCCCCUUUACCCCGCAAAAAAGUGUGUAUUGCAUUGGAAAAUGAACACGUGAGGAGUCGGACAAUCUGUUAAAAUCAUUGCUUUAGGGAUGGAGAGGAGAGAGAAAAUAUCCGGCACUCCCUCAACUUCCAGUGUGUUUGGAGUGGUCUGGACUAUUCUGAACGGUUCUCACACUGCAUGAUCCCUUAGUCUACAUCCUAGAAAUGAAUGAUUUAUAGAACCCAUACAUACAUAAAUAAAACCAGCCAUCGCUAAUUAGUGCCUAGAGCUCAGAUAACCAGCAUUUACCUUUCGCUGCUCUUUAUGCCAAAGAUAAAUUAAUUUGUUACGAAGUGAUAGCAGCCUGUUGAGCAUGUGGUGAUCCUUCAUCUGCGUCAGACCUGUGUAAACAGAUGACACUACAACAAGCAUUGGGCUAGACUAUUUAAGGAGCAGCAUUUCAAACUGUUAGAACUUAUCUAACCCCAGCACUACUCUCUCUCUGAUUUGAACUAGGAAAAAGUAACUCACUUAAAGCUAUGUACAGUGGUAUCUGCAUCUACAUGUUCCUUGCUAUGCUGUCAAUGAGCUCUUUUGGACAGCAGGCUACAGGCUCGCACAAUGAGAACCUUGUGGCCACUGAGCUUGAGCAGAGCUUGACAGAACAUCACCGACAUGUUCGUGUCCCUUCAUCAGCUGGCCAGCUGAAACCUAUCCAGCGGUUGGAUGGAAAUGUUGACCAAAAAGCCAACAUUGGAGCUUUGCUGGCCAAAUAUCUCCAGCAAGCCAGAAAAGGUCCUACUGGAAGGAUCUCAAUGAUGGGAAACAGGGUACAGAACAUUGACCCUACACACAGGAUAAACGACAGAGAUUACAUGGGCUGGAUGGAUUUUGGACGCCGCAGUGCUGAAGAAUACGAGUACUCCUCUUAAAGAACAUCAAACUAUAUCAAAAAGAAGAAUCCUACUCCCAUUUCUGUACAGAAAGGAAAAAAAUAAUUUUUGUCCUCUACGAAUCAGUGUUUAAAAAAUAUAUUAUGUCCUUGAUGUAAAUUUGUCUGUAAAACUAUACAAUGCAAUAUAUACAUAUGCAGAAUUUGCCAAAAAAAUGUUCUUUCUGCUAUGAUUUCUUAUCAUACUCUGUUGAUAUUAUAUUAAAAUUAUUUCAUUUAUUUCCUUUUUGUCCUGUCACAGCAAGUUGCUGAGUGUCUUACAAUAAACUCAAGCAGGAAAAUGCCUUCAUUCUACUAGGCAAAUAUAUUACAUGUGUUAAGCAAGCAUACAGACGAAGAACCACUUUUUAAGUAAACCUUGCAGCAUUCUCUUUGAUUGUGGACUCUAGAGGUAACCUGUCCCAGCGUCAAUCUAGUAGCACAGUUUUGUCACAAAAGAUCAAGUAUCUUCAUAGUUACCCUAUUUGUAAAGGAUUCACUUAUACAACAAAGUCACAUGUUUUCAAUGAAUGGUCAACAGUGCUAAAUCUUUAGAAAAACCUUUCAUCUUCUUGGCUUAGUUAUUUUCUGUUAUGAAUUAAAUGUGAAAAUUCUGCUAACAGCUAUUAAUCAUGGAAUAAAUAGAACAU